CGUCUACGUCCUCGUGUUGUGUGCGUGUUUGCGUGCGUGUGCGUGUGUGUAGCGGGGGAUGAGCCUGUGAAGUGAUGGCAGGGAGAGAGCUGACACUCACAGAGGAAUGAGAAGUUGUUGGGGAUGGCGGACAAACCUCUGACAGUGUUUGUGAAGCUGUUUGCCGCAGGCUUUUACGGCGUGAGCUCGUUUCUCAUCGUCGUGGUGAACAAAAGUGUCCUCACAAACUACAGGUUCCCUUCUUCAAUAUGUGUCGGAAUUGGACAAAUGUUGGCCACAGUGGUUGUGCUGUGGGUGGGCAAGGCUGCGAGGGUGAUCAGCUUCCCAGACUGUGAUGAGAGUAUACCUCGCAAGGCGUUUCCUCUACCUCUCCUUUAUGUGGGAAAUCAAGUCACUGGUCUGUUUGGAACCAAAAGGCUAAAUCUGCCGAUGUUUACUGUCCUCAGGAGGUUUUCCAUCUUAUUCACAAUGCUGGCUGAAGGAUUACUGCUCAAGAAGAAAUUCUCCAGGCCAGUCCAGCUGACAGUAUUUACAAUGAUCCUUGGGGCGUUUAUAGCUGCAAGCGCCGACUUGUCCUUCGACCUGCAAGGCUACGUGUUCAUUCUCCUGAACGACGUGCUGACUGCAGCCAACGGAGCCUAUGUGAAACAAAAAUUGGAUGCGAAGGAGCUGGGGAAGUAUGGAUUGUUGUAUUAUAAUGCUUUAUUUAUGAUAAUUCCUACUCUACUGUUUGCUCAUGUGACUGGAGAUGUGCAGAAGGCAGUGGAAUAUGAAGGCUGGUCAGAUGCAUUUUUCCUCACCCAGUUCAUCCUCUCUUGCAUCAUGGGGUUUGUUCUGAUGUAUUCCACUGUGCUUUGUACACAAUACAACUCUGCAUUAACAACUACGAUAGUGGGCUGCAUCAAGAAUGUCCUGGUGACCUACAUUGGGAUGGUGUUCAGUGGAGACUACAUUUUCUCUUGGACAAACUUCAUAGGUUUGAAUAUCAGUAUUGCAGGCAGCCUGGUGUACUCCUACAUCACUCUAACAGAAGAUCAGUCCAACAAAGCAAGUGAAGGCACCAAGCUGGAUCUCAAGGGCAAGACUAAUAUUCAUUCUGUAGGUGGAGCGACUUGUGAAUCGUUGAAGGUGAUCUCAUCUCAAUCACAGCAACCAUGGAUUUGUAGCAUUGAUGUAUUUUUUCAUUAAAACUGUUGACAUAA